UCGUGUCGUGCUGCAUCAGUUACUCCGCCGUUUCCGCCCGGGCUGCCCUUUCAAGCCAGGUACUCCUUAAUGAGUGAAGAGGCAAAAGACUGGGACAGUGGCCAAGAAGCAAUGGAGAAUAAAAGUUUGGAAACUUCACCAUCAGACCUAAAAUUAGUGGCCCAUCCAAGAGCAAAGAGUAAAGUAUGGAAGUACUUUGGCUUUGAUACCAAUGCAGAAGGAUGCAUUUUACAGUGGAAGAAAAUCUACUGCCGUAUUUGUAUGGCACAGAUUGCCUAUUCAGGAAAUACAUCCAACCUCUCUUACCACCUCGAAAAGAAUCAUCCCGAUGAAUUCUGUGAAUUUGUGAAAAGCAACACUGAGCAAAUGCGGGAGGCCUUUGCAACUGCAUUUUCAAAACUCAAGCCAGAAUCAUCUCAGCAGGUUGUUCAGGACACUUUAAUUAUGAAGAUGAGUCACAACUAUGAGAACAAAAAGCAUCAGGAGCUGACAUCUGCUGUGAUCAGCCUGAUAUGCGAGGGCUUAUAUCCUCCUUCUAUUGUAGAUGAGCCCACCUUCAAGACUCUCCUGAGGACGGCUGACUCCAGGUAUGAACUUCCUUGCAGGAAGUAUUUUUGCACUAAAGCCAUUCCUGAAAAAUAUCAUGCUCUUAAGGACAUUGUGCUAAAAGAACUCAUUGAUAUCCUGUGGUGUGGCAUAUCCACUGACAUGUGGAGAAGUGAAAACCAGAACAGAUCCUAUGUAACACUGUCAGUUCAUUUCCUCAGCAAUGGCUCAUCCAACUUCCUGGUUAUUAAUUCCAGGUGUUUAAAAACAUUUGAAGUGCCAGAAGAAAACACUGCGGAGACCAUUACACGUGUCCUUUACGAAAUAUUCAUUGAAUGGGGACUUAAUUCAAAAGUUUUUGGUGCUACAACGGAUUAUGGGAAAGACAUAGUGAAAGCUUGUUCUCUUCUGGACAUUCAAGUGCAGAUGCCUUGUUUGGGGAAGACUUUUAAUGUAGGGAUGCAACAAGCUUUUCAGCUUCCUAAGCUGUCCAGUCUCCUAUCCAGGUGUCGUAAACUGGUAGAAUAUUUUCAGCAGUCUGCGGUAGCCAUGUACAUGUUGAGUGAGAAACAGAAGCAGCAGAGCGGUGUGCACUGCAUGCUUGUGAGUGAUCGUGUUUCCUGGUGGGGAAGCACUCUUGCUAUGUUACAGCGACUUAAAGAGCAGCAGUUUGCUAUUGCGGCUGUUCUCGUGGAGGACAGCAACAAUCACCAUCUCAUGUUGGAAGCCAGUGAAUGGAAUACAAUUGAAGGCUUGGUGGAUUUGCUUCAGCCAUUCAAGCAGGUUGCUGAGAUGUUGUCUGCUUCUAAAUACCCAACAAUAAGUAUGGUGAAACCCCUCCUUCAUAUGCUGUUGAAUACAACAUUAAACAUCAAAGAAAAUGACUUGAAAGAAAUUAGUAUGGCAAAGGAAGUGAUAGCCAAGGAAUUAGCUACAACAUACCAGCAUACUCCUGAGAUAGAUACGUUUCUUAAUGUUGCAACUUUCUUGGACCCAAGAUACAAGAAACUACCCUUUCUUUCUGCAUUUGAAAGGCAGCAGGUUGAAAACAGAGUGGUAGAGGAAGCAAAAAGUCUUAUAGAAAAGGUAAAAGAGAACACAUUCAGGCCUGAAGAACAAUUUUUUACAGUUUCUGAAGAGCCACCGCUGAAAAAAGUGGUAGUUGCUUCCCCACCUCCCCCUCCGCCUAUCAGUGCUAUUAAUAAUAUGCUUGCAGAAAUCUUUUGCCAGACUGGGGGUGUUGAAGACCAAGAGGAAUGGCAUGCACAAAUAAUUGAAGAAUUGAGCAAUUUCAAGUCACAAAAAGUCCUUGGCUUAAAUGAGGAUCCACUAAAGUGGUGGUCUGAUAGACUAGCCUUAUUUCCUGUUUUACCGAAGGUGCUUCAAAAGUACUGGUGCAUUGUGGCCACAAGAAUCUUCCCUGAACGUCUUUUUAGCUCUUCUGCCAAUGUUAUUAGCGCCAAGAGAAAUAGAUUGGCUCCAGCUCACGUAGAUGAACAGAUCUUUUUGUAUGAGAAUGCUCGCAUUUUUCCUCAGCAAAAUGGGAAUGUUGCCAUAGUGACUGGAGGCACUAAAGGAAUUGGUUACCAUACUGUGAAGUAUCUGGCAAGACUCGGCAUGCACAUUAUAAUAGCUGGAAAUAAUGAUACUGAAGGCCAAGAAACUGUGAUGAAAAUAAAAGAAGAAAAUUUGAAUGCAAAAGUGGAGUUUUUAUACUGUGAUUUGGCUUCCAUGAAGUCCAUACAUCAGUUUGUUCACACAUUUAAAGCAAAGAAUUGCCCUCUCCAUGUCCUGAUCAAUAAUGCUGCGGUGAUGCUGGUGCCUGAAAGGAAAACGGAGGAUGGGUUUGAAGAGCACUUUGGUGUUAAUUACUUGGGACACUUCUUGUUGACUAAUCUUCUCUUGGAAACACUGAAGCAAUCAGGAACCCACAGCCACAAUGCUAGAAUUAUCACCAUCUCAUCAGCUACCCAUUAUGUAGGUGAAUUGCAUCUUAAUGAUCUACAAAGCAGCUGCUUCUAUUCACCCCACGGAGCCUACGCUCAAAGCAAACUUGCCCUUGUAUUGUUCAGCUAUCGGCUGCAUCAUCUCCUGACAGUGGAAGGGAGCCAUGUGACCGUUAAUGUUGUAGAUCCUGGAGUAGUGAACACUGAUCUGUAUCGGCAUAUCAGUUGGCCAGCACAAUUGGCAAAGUGGAUAGCAGGCUGGCUACUUCUUAAGACACCAGAAGAGGGUGCAUCCACGUCAAUCUAUGCAGCAGUUUCAUCAGAGCUGGAAGGAAUUGGCAGUUGCUAUCUCUAUAAUGAGCAAAGGACAAAAUCUCUUGAUGUUUCCUAUGACGAGGAGCUGCAGAGAAGACUCUGGACAGAAAGUUGCAAGCUUGUUAGGAUUCCUGAUACAGUCCUGUAGAGAGGCCUAAAAAAUAGCCAUGGCUUGCUGCAUGAAUGCAACGUGUCUCACUGGCCUGUACCAUGCAGCAUCACCCAUAUUUCCGGAAUUCACUGUUGAGUCACUUGGGCAAAUAUGAACUCUGUUUGAGCUACCAGGCUGGUGGUGGUGAUGAGCAAGAUAUUUCAAACCAGAAUUGUGUGUAUGGUGGUUUUGAACUUAACCAUCCAUUUUGUAAUCAUAAUGUUUCAGUCUGUGAUUAAAAAAGAGUAUCUUUAACCAUA